ACUUGACCAUGUUCCAUGUUUGUCUCCACCAGUCACUGCAUAACAGGCUCAGGUUUCCCGGGUCAGCUGGCCGACGGAGACGAGGACGACAGUUUGUCUCCUGAAGCUUGUUACGAAUGUAAGAUCAACGGAGGAGGAAAGAAUGGACGACACCGACGACACACCGACAAGAACGAACUCAACCAGGAGCCGAUGGUGAGCAUGGCCAGCGUGGACACCCAGACCUCCAUCCCCAUGAACGUGUCCCUGAGCUCGCUGCUCAACAAGGAGCCUCUGCUGGAGCUGCUUCCGGCCCUGCAGCCGCUGGAGCACCACGUCCGCUACGUCAUCACCCACGGCAACGCCAACGAACACUUCCGCCUGCUGGAACGCCGUGACGGGAAGAGCGUCCUCCGGCUGGGGAAGAGGCCCCCGUCGGCCGGGUCCUACCGGCUGGAGAUCGCCAGCCUGCCGCUGUUCGGGCCCCGGAGGAUGCACCAGCUGGAGGAGCAGCACGACAGGCGACUACCGGCGAGGGGAGAUCGGAGAAGCCCUGCGCAUCAAGCUCCACAUCCACCUGCACUGAGCUCAGAGCGCCGCCGCCGAAGCCGCUCUGGACUGACUCCUAAACGCCUCCUGACCUUCUACCCUCCACCUGCAGGGGCUCCGAUCAGGGCUGAAAAGACUGAGUCACCGGCCCCAAUCUACCACCACUUUGUUACUGUUCAACUUAAUAUAUGUUCAUGUUUUGUGUGUGUGUUUUUUUUUUACCCUUCCACUCCUGCCUGACCCUGUGAGAUCCAGUGGAGGAGGUGGCAGAGAGGUGACUCCAUCCUCGGACCCCAAAGAAACAACCAGACAGACGGCUCACAAGUCCAUGAAGCACUUUGUACAGCUGAGCGUAAGAACGGGGUUUUAAAUAGGUGGAUAAAGUGCUGAGAGUGGCCCACGCUGUCUUUUUACGCAGCAUGUAUGUUAGUAUUUAAAUCACUAAAAAGGCUGGAGGUAAAGGCCACAGUGGUCCCAGGACUCCGUCACCUCUCUGUGAUCUUGGUAAAAAAAAUACGAUUAAAAUCACACCGCUGGAGAUCCAGGUUUCCGCCCCGCUCAGUAUUGUAGUUUGUCAUUUAAUGUAUUUGUGCUGUUUGAAAAAUGUUAACACGAAGGACUGCAACAUUUCCACAGCAUUUCAGGUUCUUUGGUCCAUAGCUCUGUUUUCUUUUUGUUUUUUUUUAUUAUUGCUGGAUACCAAUUUACCGCUUUCUCUGUCAGAUAGUGAACCGCUCUGACGUUUGUUGGGUUACCUCAGUCAGGACUCCGUGCUGCGAUGCUGACUUUAAAACAUGAGAGGGUGCUAGCGUCCCUCAGCGUCCACCACCAGCAGGGAACACCAGUUAGUAGCUCUAGGCUUUAAAGAAGAUAGACCAGGUCGCGUUUAUUUAUCCUCUAAGGGAUUACUAUGACUUCAGGUGCACUGAUUCUGGACCUUCUUUCAGCCUUUUGUCCCGCGUCAGGAGCUUUUAGCAUGUCCUGCCUUUUCUUUGUUGUUUUUUUAACAAAUAAAACUCUUCAGGAGAGCAGAACAGGCGCCGGGCGGCUGAAAUGACACUAAGCCGACUUUAUCUGACUUCUUUGACUUCACUGUGAGCUCGACGUCUGAGAGCCGAGCCUCGUUUACGACCCGACAGCAGGAUAAGAAAAGGUACACGACACGUUACAGCUGUAACUGGCAGGUGAAACCUCACUCACAAAGAAACACCCAUCAGGUCAUAUUUCAUUUCUUGUGAUUUUUUUUUUUUCUCUCAAAGAGGAAAAAAGGUGCUACAUGAUACCAACUCUUACGUAACGCUGUACAAAGAACAGUGCAGUCUUGAAUCUGGAUUGCAAAAGUGACUUUUUUUUUUUGCUCGGUUUUAUUGUUGUGUUUGUUCGUCUUUUGUUUUGUCUCAGUUGCUGAAAAACCAAUAUUAUAACACUUGCUUCUUGAAAUUAAAUUGUGUAGAUGUUUUUUUUUAAAUGUCAAGGCUGCCAACAAAAAAAGAAAUACUCACAGUAAACCCAAGAUUGAAGGCUUUAAAGUGCUGCUUACUUUGUUCUGUUUGAAAACGGCAUCCUGUUUUUAAGCCACUGUUCUCAGAAAAACAGAAAACACGUCAGACUUGAAGAUAAUUAACAUUCCGAUUAUCUGGGAAGCUCACACUGUCUGUAAAAUGCCAUCAGGAUCACACAAACUCGUCCAUCCUGCUCGGAUCUUAUGGUGCUACGAUGAAAAAACGCUUUUCUCUGAACGUUGGAGGUUGCUGCACUGUCCCACAGCCUAGACUAUGUUUACAAGACAUAACCAUUUUCUAACCUGGGAAUCUUUGUAUACUUGUAUCUUUAAUGUCAGUUUGUAAUUUUCCUUUUUAUUUGCCACGAUGUUAUUUUUUUGUUUUUUAAAGGAAAAAGGCAGUGUGUUGCGUGUGCUUACUGUAUCUCAGCUUCAGUGUUAAACUUGAAUCCUGUCAUCAUCAUCAUCUGCUCGCAUCCAAGUAUUUUGUACUUUAGAAUUCAGAAAAACAAGAAAGUUUCGAUUGUUUUGUUUUUUUUAUUAAGCCUGAAACCUGUCGAUGAACUGAAAGCUGAUAUGACAAUCAUCCAACCAGCUGAGGAUCAAUAAAUAAAUAAAUCUUUUUUAAAAAGCCAAAGAUUCACAACACCAAAUGGCAGUUUUGUAAAAUUCGAGUGAUUCACAUAAAAUUGUAAACUUUUGUCCAGUGACUUAAAUGGCAAUAAAGUAUUGUGGGUUAUAUUUUUAA